CGCACAGAAAAGUGGAUACAUUGUGCUCGCAGUUAUGUGUGAAGUUUAUAUAAAGGGUAUAAGCAGAGAACAAAGAAGGAGAAGAAGAAGAAGAAGAAGGAGAAAAAUAAUCUCGGACACCUUCCCCACGGAAUCCCAGUUCAGUGUCUCCCCAAAGAGAAAGAAAGAGAAAGAGAAAGCAGUCAUUUACUGACGACUACGCAUUCGACGCAGAAGCCGCAUUUGGACCGCCAACC